AUGUUCGUGCUGGGGAGUUUAUUUACACAGUUGUACGACCGGUUUUUGAAAAAGGAUCGCGCAACCGUUGACGAUGACGGGGACUAUAUUGUGAUCGAGUACGCGAUUUUGUUCAAUUUGCUGACGCAGAUACCUAUCGUGUUUCUCGGCCUCUAUAUCGCCGUGUUUGAGUUCGGAAAGGACAUUGUCGCCGGCGUGCGGAAACUCGGCGCGGACUUGCGAGGGCUGUGUGUUACAGGGAAAGGAGUUGUAAACGCAGGGGAAGGUAUUUCAUCCGCAGCGGGAGGGGGGACGGGGAGUGGAGCAGUGGGUGGGCACGAUCAUGGUUCGAGCAGCAGCACGGCCAUUGCGCCGUCGCCGAAGCACUGA